AUGCCGUCGCCGGCGGGGACGGGACUCCAUUUCCCAGGGUGCCUCGCACUACCGGGGCAGGCUGCGGAAGAAGCCCAUAAGGAAGGCGAGCAGGAGCCGUUAACCGAAUUCGCCUCCCUUGUAAAGUGCCCGGAGCACAAUGUACACACUGCUUUCCGGGCUUUACAAAUAUAUGUUCCGGCGAGAUGAAUACUGCAUCUUAAUCCUGGGAUUGGACAAUGCUGGAAAAACGACCUUUCUUGAACAAACCAAAAUGAGAUUCAACAAGACCUACAAAGGAAUGAGUUUAUCCAAAAUCACCACCACUGUCGGUUUGAACAUUGGCACCAUAGACGUUGGAAAAGCUCGGCUGAUGUUUUGGGACCUAGGAGGACAGGAAGAACUUCAAUCUCUUUGGGACAAGUACUAUGCAGAAUCCCAUGGGGUCAUUUACAUUAUCGAUUCCACCGAUGAGGAAAGACUGUCGGAAUCCAAGCAAGCUUUUGAAAAGAUGAUAACCAAUGAAGUUCUGGAAGGCGUCCCUUUGCUGGUUCUCGCUAACAAACAAGAUAUAGAGAACUGCCUCUCAAUCCCCGAUAUCAAGACGGCGUUCAGCGACUGCAUCAACAAAAUUGGGAAGAGGGAUUGCUUGACCCAAAGUUGCUCGGCCCUCACCGGGAAAGGCGUCAACGAAGGCAUCGAGUGGAUGGUCAGGUCCGUGGUGAGGAACAUUCAUCGUCCCCCGAGGCAGAAGGACAUCACAUAGGAGAACCACCCAGCGAUCUCCACGCCGGACACUUUGGCCCUGCACAGAGCCUCUCCUCCUCCUUCUCUUCUCCCUCGUUUCUCCUCCCCUCUCUCUGUCCCUCAAGGAGAUUCCAGGGACGCCCCCGGAUCAAAGACAAAUGGAUCCAUCUUGCAAGAGACCUCAACCCCCUACAGAACCUCCUUUCCUUCCUGCUUUGUCCCGCCUCCUGAGCAUGGAGUGGGACGGGGUGAAUUGAUGUUCCAAAUAUGCGCAGGACACGUCCCGUUUUUUUUGGUUUUUUUUCCCCUUCUUGUUUCUUUUGCAAAACUCUUGUCAGGAGUUUGAAGACUUCUGGGGCUACUUGAUCAAACGGAGCCAUGGAAUUAGGGGGAAAUCCCCUUUUCCAGUGAUCUUCUGGGCCGUUCCACAAAUCUGAUUUUGCACUUGGGUGGAAAAGGAGCGAUCAGCAGUAGGGGGACAGACGGACUCUUCUUUUAUAGCAAAUGUACACCUCACAAAUGCUGCAGAGAGAGAGGGAAUGAGAGAGAGAGAAAGAGAGAGAGAGAGAGAGAGAGGAGAGAGAGAGAAUGAGAGAGAGAGACAAAGAGAGGGGAGAGUGGAGAGAAAGAAUGAGAGAGGGAGAGGGGGGGAGAGAAAAUGAGAGAGAGAAAGAGAGAAUGAGAGAGAGCGAAAGAGAAUGAGAGAGACACAGAAAGAGGAGAGAGAGAGAGAGAGUGAGUGAGACAGAGAGAGAGAGAGAGAGAGAGAGAUAUCCUGCUGGAUCUCUCUGUCCUUUUUUCAUCUCGGUUCCUAUAUUUGUGCACAGGAUUAAAACUGAUUUCUAGUUCUUUUCUUUUCUGGUCUGUUGCUUUUCUCUACGGUGUGAGUAGAAAAAAAAGAGAGCCAAGGAUUUGUGUUAAAGAAGGACUAGCUGAGGAAAAGUUCUGGCUCUGGUCGCGAAAUGGGACAACACGCCUCAGCCGACUGAUCUCUGGACAAUUCAGCGAUUCAAUUUAAUUGUUGACAAUCAUUU